GUGGACACGAGGGCACCGUGCAAUUUUGCUUCACCAGACCGACAUGGUAUCAACCUUUUACAGAUGCUGAGUACUACGUCAUCAUAAGAUGCUGCGACGUGUGAGGUCUUCGCUGUCCUUCAAGCUGAAGGACAAACUGCCCAUCCGGCGGACCAGGUCACACGUGUACGCCGUCAAGGACACGGAACCGGACGGGCUGCCCGAACCCACCACAAGGGUCGAGAAAAUAGAGAGGCUGUCCGUAACCCAGGAGAUGGGGCUACAGAAUGGUCCUGAGAUGGAAUACUGCGGCCCGCCCUCACAUCUGGAGAGGAUAGACGAGGGCGUCACAGCACGUCCCAAGGGCAUAGGCUAUACGGUGUACCUGGCCAGUAAUAAGUCCCAGCCGGCCCGUGUGGACAGUGACAGCGACUUCUGGUCGGGAAAGUCGUCCUCGGAGUCCAAGGAGAGCGUGUCGACUGUGUCCCAGGCGUCAGACAACGAGGGGAGGGACGGAGCGACGGACAACAAACAGGCGAAGGAUGAACCUGACGCCUCAACAAACGUCGUCAGACGACGUAAGCCGAGACGUAAGGACGACAAGGGUCUGAGUCACCUGUCCAAGGAGGAGAGGGAGUCCAUUCUUCUACUGGAGGAGGUACUGACGGACUUCGGUGGCUGGGAGAGCGUACGGAGUAAGGCGCCUCCGCCUGAGUCUGACAGUGACGUGGACACGGACGAAGAGACAAGCGCCAUCUUGGGAGAAACGGAGUCGAGCCGUCCUUCGGGGCCACCGUCGCGACGCAGCACACCGUCUUCCCGGCGCAGAGACGACGGCUCUCCCGCCGGGGCCCGCGGCGCCGACCGCUUGCGCACGAACCGCGCCGAGCGGGACAAGAAAGUCACCAGUAUGAUCGACGACAACUGGGUACUACGCAAACCCGAAGCUGAUCCCGACGAAGCCACUAUAAUAUCCAGCGUGAUUCCGCGGCAACCCCGCAAAGACUCUCCCCCCAAGGCUGAGCGACCCUCCAGUAUGUACCAGUUCGGGCGGCAGCCCAUGUACUUUCCCGAAGGCGGCAAUGACGACAUCGACGUCGGCAGGAAGCCGAGUUGGGUGAAGCAGAACCAGGCUUGGUUCUCGCGUAACGGCCACGCGUCGAACGGCGUCGAGCGGCCGCCACCUGCGAAAACGUCCCCGCAGAAGGACAGCAAAGACCAGCUACGGUCGGACAGAAACGGUCCUAAGGAGAAAGCUGGCGACAUGAACCCCGUGGUGACGUCGUCUGGGCAGUCUGAGAAGAUCACGGUGGAUUACAGCCAAGGCGGGGUGAUGACGUCACGGCCGAAACACGAGGAAGUCCAGCGACUGUCCAUGAAGGUGAUGACGUCAUCACACCACAAGGUGGCGUCACGUGCGUCAUCACGAGGGAUGACGUCAGAGGACGAGUACUCCACCGACUCCCUGUCGGACCUGACACCGGACACGGACUCCAGCCACGGGUCAUGGAGACGAGGCGGCCCGGACUCCCUGGUCAGCAGCCCGCGUACACCGGACAGCUCCGUUCCCAACAGCCCAGCAAACACGUACGUCGCCAACCCGAGCGGUCCCGACAACACCCGACCGGACCCCGAUGCCAGCCGACUAAAUUCCGAUGUUCUAGAGGAAUCGCCCAUGAAGCCUUCCCUGAUACGUAAAAUGUCGACAGAGAACCAACUGGCGGCUUUUGCACGUCCAACGGUCACCAAGUCUGAAACACGUCCGGCACCGAAGCCACUCAAAGGUCUUCCCUCUAAGUCUAAGUCUCAGGCCGGUGUAAAACCGCGGGCUCCCGAGCCUCCUAAGAAUACUCCAGAGCCUCUUAAGAAAACCCGUGCUCCUCAGCCGCCAAAGAUAACCCACUCGCAAGCAGGCACGUCUUCUGGCAUCGGAGAAGCGACGUUGGACUUUGGGAGACAAAAGAGUGUAUCGUCCUCCGGCCCAGAUUCUGCUACAAGCAGACCUAAACAGCUUAGCGAACACCUUAAACCACCGGCGUCGCCAAGCGUAGUGGUUGUCAGAAACACAAGCCCAGACGUAACCCAGCAAAACAGAAGGCCGAGUAAAGAAAAACAGCCAGAACAUAGUGCACCAAAGAGCAAAACAUCGUCCGGUCAACGCGCCAAGGCAUCAAACGAGAUGAGAACUCUGAAACCUUCCCAGAAGGGUGCCUUUGUGACCCUGAAACACAAGGCUCCUAGGAAAAGAGCGGGUGGGAGCAAACGCGGCUUAUCAAAAUCCCAAACCAAAGCAGGAAGCGACCACGGUAAAGCACAGGGCAGAGCACAGGACAGGUACCACGAGCAAUCGUACGGAAGACCCGACAGGACACAGUACGUUCCAGCGUCGCCUGAGCGACGAGACCAGGCAGGCAGUUCCAUAGUGUUGCUGCAGGAGGACCCGGCGACCAGAAGAGCGGGGGCCUUCGUCAUUCGGCCUGCCAUGGCUCUGUACCGCUGAAAUAGCCUGUUAGCAAUGGGCGAUUACAUCGAAAGGCAACAACUUUGCGUGCGACAAUUUGAACCCAUGGAGGAAAGAUGUCGUCCGCGGCAGUUGAAUGUAGGAGCAAGCCGGUUGGAAUACACGUACGUACGGCCUCACCAGCUGCACAUAACGCUGCAAAACUGCAAAGAGAUCGCUUACGUAUAUGUUUGAUAACUGUCCAGUUGAGUACUACAUAUACAAAUUAGCAGAGACACUGAUGUAGUAGACUCAAGUAUGUAUUGGGAUCUUUCUGACUUGGAUGUCUUCAGGACUGUGCUUCAGCGCACUUUUGUAAAAA